CUGUGUUUCUUUAUAUUUCCUUUUUUCUUUGUCAUAUUUUUCGUGUCCGUUUUACCCAUUGACGUUUCCAGGGACCAAGACCUCGCUCAUUAUCAUAGAUUUGAUGCUUUCAGCUUGAUAACCAUCAGAGAAUUUCGUGAGAUCGCUUUCAAAGCCGGGAAGUUGAGAAGUUUAGUGUCUAUUAGUGCCACGGACAAUCUUCUGGAUGUUGUGCGCACUUUAUCUUCUCACCGAGUCCAUCGCAUUCCUGUAUUCGAUCCAGAAACUGGAAAUCCAAUGCAUCUACUCACUUAUAGGCGUAUACUGAAGUUCAUGUGGACUUUUGGUCAAACGCUCUUCCCUCCUGAUUAUCAAGUUCGUACUCCCAAAGAGCUCGAUAUUGGCACCUGGUCAAAUGUUCACUUUGUCUAUCCCGAGACGAGACUCAUUGAGUGUUUGGAUCUCCUUCUUGACCACAAUAUCUCAGGAGUACCUGUUGUAGAACGGAAUACGCAAAAAGUUGUAGAUGUCUACUCACGAUUCGAUGCUAUUGGAAUUGCCUUACAUGAUGACGAAUUCACCGGGGAUACUACCGUGAAAGAGGCUCUCGAUUUCAAACACAUAUGUCAGGGCGGACGUGAGCGCGUCGUUUCUGUCAGAGAAACGGAUCCGUUUCUGUUUGUCGUCUCUACUCUAGUCGACCACAACGUACAUCGAGUCUGCGUACUUGACGAGAACCAGGCUUUGCUGGUAUAUUUUGACUUCAAUAGCUUCUGUCCCGAACACGGGACAUUUCAGGGGGUGAUCUCGCUUUCGGAUGUAAUGGACGCCCUUGUCGUGCAACCUGCGAAAUUUCUACGCGCUCCUACUGCUUUGAGACAUGUUUCGCAAGAAUCGUUCGACCUUUCCAAUAUGGAACUUUAUAUGCGCUCACUCCAAGAGGGUGAAGAAGAGCUGGACGAGCUUUCC